AUCUGACGCGACCAAAACAAACAUGGCGUCUAAGGUAAUAACGACAGAGAUAUCGACGAUGCUUUAUGGAUCUAUUCGUCUCUCUUGGUGUUGCCUGCCGGUUUUUACAGCUCGUCGUCGUAGCCGCGCGGAGAUGGAUCAAAACGACACAUGAACCCGUCCGUGGGGAAGCGGAACCAGGGACAACGAGCGCUUUCGUCCACAGCACGCGGCGAGCCGACGGCGUGAACAAGAUGUGACGCUGGCGCGCCUCUCGGCCCGACGGAAUCAACACGACAUGGACUGUGGCGCGGGGACCAGCUGAGAGCAAACCGGUCGAGGAGACAACUGCCAUGGCUCUGGUGAACUUCGUCAUCUCCACCGUUGGAAAAUGUCUGGACGCCGCGUGUCUGCUGCUGGACCUGAACUUCCUCGUGGUCCACACCGUGGUGCGGAGCCUGCUCGCGGUCGUCUCGUUCGUAGCCAACCUGCCCGCCCUGCUCCUCGCCUCGGCGCUGCAGCUGGGCAACUUCUUCGUCUUCUGCUCGGUGACGGCGGCGGAGGCGACCUCACACGCCGCCCAGCAGGCCGUCGCCGUGCUGGGCGGCGUGUCGCUGGCGCUGGAGGGGCUGCUGGAGAGCCUGAAGAUGGUGGGCUACCUGUCCAUGCACGUCCUCCUCCGGGGCAAGGAGCAGCUGUGUCGCGGGCUGCUGUCCAUGCUGGAGGGCUGUGGCAUCGCCGUCAGCCUGGUGGUGUACUUCACCAACACGGUGGUGAACUUUGCCCUCAUCGCCACCCAGAACGUGUACCUGGCCGUGGUCAGCGUGCUGCAGACGCUGUCCAGCCCUCUGCAGACGGUGCUGGAGCUCACGCUGACCUCCCUCACCUUCCUGUACAGCAGCCUGGUCGGGACGUCGGCUUUCCUGUGGUCGCCCUGUAAGCUGCUGUUGGACCUGGUGGUUUCCCUGGUGCACAUGUUCGUCAGCAUCUUCGUACUGAACAUCUACGGCCUGCUGCUCACCGUCACCGUCGCUCUGACGACCACGGCCUACCUGAACCCAGAGCUGACCCGACAGGCAGCCGCACAAGCUCUGGAUUACAUCGACUCUGUUCCCGCUCUGCACAGACUCACGGUAGCCGCUCGGAGCGUCCCGCGUUUGGUGCGUGGCAACUUGCAAAGCCUGCAAAGGAUCCUCCACCACCUCUACCUACUGGAGAGGCGCCUUUGGCGGCAGCUGUCUCAACACAGCAGCCAAAUAGGCCUGGCACUGCGGACACACCUCCACAGGGACGGCGACGGCAGAGCGCGAGGGGACGGCGACGCCGGAGAGGAGCGCCGGGGUCCGCCGGAUGGGAGAGCGGGAGAUGGAGCCCACCAAGAGCUGCUGGAUUUAGUUUUCCCCUCCUCCAGCACAGACAGGCCACUGAAGAAGGCGUCGUCUGCAGGCAAAGGCGACAAACUCCUGCCUGCUGAGAACCUGCUGACUCUGCUGAAGGAGCAGGAGGACAGGAAGAAGUGUGUCAUCUGUCAGGACUGCACCAAGACGGUGGUGCUGCUGCCGUGCCGACACCUCUGCUUGUGCAGAGACUGUACAAACAUCCUGUUGAGGCAGCCCGUCUACCAACAGAACUGUCCGCUCUGUCGCCACAUGAUCCUCAACACUAUGGACGUUUAUCUAUGAGGGACCGGUGGAUCUGUGGGCUUCUGAAUUACAAGGAGCCUAAUAACGUAUGACCUGUCAAUACUUUUAAGUUUUACCACCACUGAAAUGAUGUGUUAAAAGAUAAGUCUGGUGAUAUUGUGUUUAUUUUAAUUUUUUAUUGCUUUCAACAAAUCCCAUGAUAAAACCAUUAGUAACAAAGCACUGAUGAAUCCAGCUGUCAGUACUUCUUCCCUUCUUCUCCUCCCUGACUGCGGCGCUCAGCCCCAAGAAUAUUCAUCCCCACUGACGACAGUAAAUCCCUACAGCUCAUAAUCAUGUAAAGGCUUCUGUACUGAAACAACAGGAGUAAACAAUGCAAACAGAUGAACAUGGGCUUUGAUGGCGGACAAUACUUUGUAGGAUCAGUUUAGUUCUGGAUCGGUUGUGAUUUAUUGAUAGUAAAAAAAUAAAGACAAUAUGAGCAGACUUAUCUUCUGAAAUCUGGUCUCGGAUCAGUGCAGCCUCUGUGAGCGGUUCAGACAUUAACUACCAAAGUAAACAGAUGAACAGGAAAUUAUAUGAUACGUGCGCCUUCAGAUGCUGAUCCAAAAAUCAUGUUGAAAUGCCUCUAACAAAAUAAAGAGACAAGGGUUGAAGAACGAUUAUUAUAAAUCCAAUAAAUCUCCAGAUUAUUCUGUCGAUGGAUCUUUCAAACGUGCCACUGAAAAACACGUGCCAAAGCCUUCCAGAGCUGAAAUUCCUAAAUAAAAAAAGCCCAAAUAAAUUCUUGUUUUAUUCCCAUCAUAUAUGAAAAUACGACUUUACAAAUGAAAAAAAAACAAAAACAUUUUUGUCGAGCUGUCAGCAAUCGUUUGUCAUCGAUUACCGACAUGUCUGCAGAUUUAUUUCCUCCAUUGAGUGAUUAACCACGAAUCGCUGUGGCUCUAAAAAGAUGUUUUUUCCAAAAAUGUCACUGAACUGUUUCACCGCUAUCCACAAUCCUUUUUUUUUUUUUUUACAGUGUACUUUGUUUAUUGAGUUGUGGGAGAAUAGAGGGUUUUUUUGUAUUGAUUGUUUUAAGUCAACUUCAUCUCCUUGCUUUUUAAGUGUGAACAUGUGACAGACAUAAAUCUCGGUUAGAUGACGCCUGUAAUGUGGAUCUGAGUCACUGUGAUGAACCUGUUCUAAAUGAUCCAGUGUUGCCACGUUGAGUCUCAGGUCUCGUAGCCACGGUAACCCGUAAGUGCCCCCCCCCCCCCCCCCAAUGCCGAGAUGUUUACCGCUGCUCGUGUCUUAAACUGUUGUGCUUCUUUUUAUGGACCAAGCUGUGAAUACAAGCAUUGUGCUUUAUUGCAUGAGAGAGUAUACAAGUGAUUCCACGCAUGCUUUAUGUAAAAAACUGUAUUCAUAAUAACACAAUGAUUGUUUUUUUGUUGCCAUGUAAGCUUUUACCAUUUAAACAUACUUCAGUUAAUGUUUGCACUGCGCAGAGACACGUAAGAGUUAAAAGAAAAGGUUCCAUGUGUUUGAGGAAAGUCAAUAUAUGUUAUUUUCAGUCUGUGAUGGUAAAACACAGUUUCUUUUUUUCUUCCAUUUAUUAGUUCUAUUAAUAGGGCUUAUUCCAGUCUUGCAUCAGAGGAAGGUUACAGUCACCACCUGCACAUGAUCUAUAAAAGGUUUUCUCUUUCCUUUGCCUUUGUAAUAAAACAUAGAUUUCUGUUGUAUAAAAGGACGGUAAACUCAUAAGGCUGCACAAUUUCAUUUACAUUUGUUUUUUUUUUUUCAUUUGUAGCUGUUGAAACUGAGGUGUUGGUAUUGAUCUGUGUUCAUAUCAUGAUGCCACUUAAUGUACUAUUAUUAUUAUUGAUGGUGGGUGGUGGUGUGGGGAAAGUGCUAUUAGUCAUAUGCCCUCAUUUGAUUUACGGAAAGUUUUUUAUUUAAUUAAUUUGUUUGUUUUGAAGACAUUUGAUAAUCUGAGGUGGGGUUUUUUGUGUGACAGGAGCCAUGCGACACAAAUUGCUGGCAUUACUAUGCGUCUUCGUACAUCACUCGGAUAUCGUUAAUGAAAGUGAUCUGAAUGUCAAGUGUUUGAUAAAAGAUUUCUGGAUACCAGACUGUAGUCAUUAUGGACUACCACUUCUCUCAGGUAUUCCUAAAAUGCCAAUGUGCAGCAUUCCUCACUAAAGAUUGCAGGGGACUGAAAACCGCUCACGUGACCAUCAUCUUUUGCUACCUGCAACGUGACACAGUGUGGGACAAUGUGGUUUGAAGAUAUGAAUGUAUUUGUUUUUUGGUUUUUUUUAUGCUGCGGCUGCCACAUAAAGGCAAGUCUCAUGUUCAUAAUAAAACAACAGUUAAAACUG